UGGACGUUCAGAGUCAGACUUGCGCUCUGAGUUCAAUGUACGUGUUUUCAUGUAUUGUGUAGAUGUGGGUUAAAACACGAUUGUGUGUAUAUGUGAGUGUAAAAUGUGUGGUUUGUUUUCUCAAACACAUAUAAACCUCAUAAUGAGAACAUCAGUGUGUGAAAGAUCAGCUCACAGUUUAAAUGUGCUCUGUUGUAGUUGAGUAAAGUGUCAAUCAGAAUGAUUUUCUCUCAUCUGUUCCUCUUCCUGUGCGGUGUGUUUGGUGAUUCAGAUGGAGUGAAGUCAGUGUCAGUGAUGGAGGGAGAUUCUGUCACUCUAAACACUGAUCUUACUGAAGUACAGAGAGAUGAUCAGAUACUGUGGACAUUUGGACCUCGAGAGACUCGCAUAGCUGAAAUCCACAGACAGAACAUCUAGAUGCCACUGGCACAACAUUUGAGAAGAGCUUCCAGAUGGACAGUCAAACUGGAUCUCUGACUAUCAGAAACACCAGAUCUGAACACACUGGACUUUAUAAAGUAAUUGUCAUCAGCAGAGGAACUUUAUAUAAGUUUAUUUCCUCUUAUAAUUUAAUUGAAAGUUAUUGCAUAAAGACAUUUGAAAGAGAUUCAUCAUGAAGUUGUGUGUGUUCCAGCACAUGUUGACAGCAUGUUUUGUCGUCAGAUCUUGUGUUAUUGAGGUCAGUAAAUGCAGCAUCUGAACUGAACGCAUGUGGUUUGUGUUCAUGAGAGUGAGAUGUGCCGUUUAUUCUCACAACCACAAACAAACCUCUUGGACUCAGAAAUAACCUGAAAUAAGAGUUUUCUAAAGAAGACCAAUUCAGAAUGAUGUUGUGAAAGAAACAUUUUUAUGUCUGAGAUGCACAGUGAGUUUCUGAAAUAUUAAGAGGAAGAUAAAGAAUUCAUUGAACUUAGUCAGCAGAGCACAGACAGAGAACAAACACCACGAAAACCAGUUUGAUUUUGAUAUAGUAAUCUAGACUUGAGAAUUAGCUGAACUGUUUAAUCAGGAAGUCGCUCUUCUGUGUCUGAAGUGACUCUCGGCUGGACGUUUGUUUCUGUCACGAUGUCCUCUCAUCUGUGCGCUCUGAUCCUGUUUGUCCUGAGUGGUGUGUUUGGAGUUGAGAUAGAUGAAGUGAAGUCAGUGUCAGUGACUGAGGGAGAUUCUGUCACUCUACAGACUAAUGUUACUGAAGUACAGAGAGAUGAUCUGAUACUGUGGAUGUUUGGACCUCGAGAAGCUCGAAUAGCUGAACUCUAUAAGCAGGACAUUGAUAUGUUUAACAGUAAAAAGAUAUUCAGUGACAGACUUCAGAUGGACAGUCAAACUGGAUCUCUGACCAUCAGAAACAUCAGAUCUGAACACACUGGACUUUAUAAACUACAGAUCAUCAGCAACAGAGGAACUUUAUACAAGAGAUUCAAUGUUACUGUCUACACUCAUUUGCCCAUUCCUUUCAUUACCAGUAACUCUUUAUGUUCAUCAUCAAAUUGUUCACUGCUGUGUUCAGCUGUGAAUGUGAGUCAUGUGACUCUCUCCUGGUACAAAGGAAACAGUUUAUUGUCCAGCAUCAGUGUGUCUGAUCUCAGCAUCAGUCUCUCUCUACCUCUGGAGGUGGAAUAUCAGGAUAAAAACACCUACAGCUGUGUGAUCAACAAUCCCAUCAGCAACCAGACUCAACAUCUGGACAUCACUCAACUCUGUCGGUCAUGUUCAGGAAAUACAGCCAAGAAAAACCAGAGGAUCAGAAAAGCCUGUCAGAAUACACAGAGAUCAUCUACCGUCUUCAGAUCUGACACCACUCAUCACUCAUCAUUAAUAUUCAUAACAGUAAUGUGAAAUUCAAAAACAGACUCCUGAUGGACAGUCAGACUGGAUCUCUGACAGAAACAUCAGAUCUGAACACACUGGACUUUAUACUACAGAUCCUCAGAGAAUCAAUGUUACUGUCUAUGGUGAUUAAAAUAUAGAAAAUACAAAAGAAGUAUUGUUAUUUUAUUAUGCAUUUAAUACCCUCUUUUUAUAUCAUUUAGUAUGCUUAUAAUUUUUCAUUUCCAUUAUCAUUUAUAUCAUUUGACAUCGUUUGGAUGCCUAUUAAUUAUUGCAUUAUGUUUCAACUAGUUUCUGAUUCAUAUCAUGUUUAUGUAUCACCCUUGGUUUAAUUAUUUUCUUGUUUUGUGCAAGUUUAAAAGUAUUUCUAGACAACUGAAACAGAGCGAAGCGCUUUGUGUAACCACAAUAACAAAAAACUUCACACUGACCUUCUUCCGAGAGGCCCAUAUCUAUCUACUAACUAUCUAUCUCUAUCUUGUUUGUUAUCUUGCAGUACUCAUUAUAUCAUUUGUGACAUAUAGUAACCACGUGCAGAUGCUAAACUCAGAAUGACGUUACACUAGUAUUUCACUUCUCUCCUGAGAAUCUCAUCUGUGUUCUUCUUCUAUUUGCUUCCCCAAUUAAUCACUAAUUAAAAUAAUUCCUUCAUCACCAAAUAUCAAUGUCCAACUUGUACUGUCUGCUGAUUCCACUUGCAUCAACAAUCUAACAAAACACAGCCGUGUAAUCGAGUACUAAAAUGAUGUGCAUGAAUCACUACAUGAUAAAGUGACCUGUGAGUGUUACAUGUCAAGAACUUGAGAUCUAAAGCAGUGAUUUUCAGCCUCUUUGACUCAAGGUUGCCCAUUAUCCACAGUCCCCCCAUUUUCAGUUAUUUUGAGACCCCUUGAAAAUUUGCUGUAACGCCCUGGUUGCAAAUCACUACAUCUAAAAGUUUAUUUACAAUUUUGUCAUAAUCAAAAUGACAGUCCCUUAAAGUAUCAUAAAACAUUUCAAAUAUUCACAAUAUUUCCCAAAGCAUUUUAUAUAACAUGUUUGACUAUAUUAGUUAUUUCAAAAGCAUGAAAAACCACUUGUCCUCUUUCACCUACUUUCAUCUACACCAUAACAUUUACUAUUAUGCAUUUUUACUCAAUUUCCAAAUUGUUUAAUGUUAGUUUAAAUUACUUUAAUAAAAAAUUAAAUGUAUAAUUAUUGUUUUUAAUGUCAAAUUUUUUGAGAAUUGUUUUUUCUUCUUUUUUUUGUAGCAGUUUCACAAGAGUUUCACAGGAUGUGGUUUGAAAGUGAGAGAUGGAGGAAAUGUAAACUGUCACACACAACACAGAUUUUUUUUUUUCAUUCUUUGAAAGGGAUAGUUCACUCAAAAAUGACCAUUAUGUUAUUGCUACCCCUCAUGCUGUCAUAAAUUUCAGAAUUUCUUUCUGUGAAACAUAAAGAAUAUAUUUUGAUAAAUGUCUCAGUGUUUUUGUUCAUACAAUGUAAGUCAAAGUGGGCCAAUGUUGUUUUGAUAAAGAUAAAGUGCUGUGGUCUUCUCUAAGACUA